AUGCCGAAGCCGAAAAGGAUACGCUCGACUCAUACAAGGUCGAUUGAUUUACAAUCUGAAUCUGUUGACGAAGAAGAACGUGAAUCCAAACGACUGAAAGAUUCGGGCCAAGAUAAUAUUUUAGGAAGGAAAGUGCGUGAAAGAUCGAAAGCUCCGACUACAAUGGCUGCCACCCGAAGCUCUGCCACGCAUACAUCGAGUGAUCAGGCCCCAAAAGAGAUAAAGCCACAAAAAUCAACUAGAGCAAAUAGCAAGCGUUUGGUAGCAACGGAACAAAGGCGCGAACCCCUCCAAGUAUCUGCAGAAGAGGCUGAUAUCUUGGGACUGCAAGCUACACAAACUACCGAGGAAAAUAGUAUAAUUGUAACCAAAAAUUCGAAGACAUUGAAAGGCUCGAGAAAGAGACUUCAAACGGAUUCAGUCCCACAAAAUACGAUCAAUAGCAGUUAUCCAGAUGAUUAUAAAUCUUUAUCACGCCAAGCACCCCGAAAAAGAGGUCGCUCAAAAAAAGAAACAUCUUCUGAUGAAGCUGCCGAGAAAGUUAUACCAGAAACUCAACAGAUUCAAUCUGACGUUGGUGAAGGGGCGGAAGAUGAAAUUGACGCAACGAAGACCAAUAUAGACCUUAAUUCAACUUCGCAGCUGUCAUGUUCUCUUACUUAUCAAGAGGCUAACAAAAAGCUACGAACAAAAAGUCCAUCAGAGUCAGGAGACAAUAUGGAGCUGAUUUCAGGGCAAGAUUUUAGCCAGACAUCAGAUAAGUAUCAAAAAUUACUGCGAAAGUACAGAGAAUUGAAAGAAACUGGAUUAAAGGAAGCAGAUAAAAUAUUUGACGCGUUUAAGGAUCAGUGUAAAGAGAAAAGUAAAGUUACUCAUGAUUACAUAUCGAAGCUUAAGGACGAACUAGCCACUCAAGCAGUUUCUGUAGAGGAAAUGAGUAACCUUCGAAACAAAAUUGCUUCCGCCAAUGAAGAGAUCUCUUUGCUCCAUGAAAAAAAUAAUGAGCUCGAGAAAUCACUAGCUGAAACACAGGUAGAGAACAAGAUAUUAUCUACCAAAUUGGCUGCAAAUCGUACUGCAGUUCUAUCUGGAAAGAAUUAUAGCUCUAAUGUACCCGGAAGUGCGAUCAAAGUUAACGGUGGCACACGAAUAGUUGGAACCGCAGAGGCAGCUCAGACAGCUCAGUUGAAAGAAGAUAUGUACAGUGAUUUGACUGGCCUUCUAAUCAGAAGUGUCACGCGUGGUGCAGAUGAAGAUUACUUUGAUUGUAUUCAGACAGGACGGAACGGAACGCUUCACUUCAAAUUAGCGACUGGUAACGAAAAAUCGGCUGAAAGCUAUGAGCACAUUCAGUGUAGUUACACUCCACUUCUUGACCCAAACCGUGAUAAAUCGCUCAUGGAGUUGUUACCUGACUAUUUAGUUGACGAAAUCACUUUUCCUCGGCCCCAUGCAGCAAAAUUUUAUGCAAGGGUAGUCAAAGUAAUAACUGAGAAACCACUUUAG